AUGGUACAGGCAGUAUCAAUCAAACAGCUUUCAAACAUCCCAUUCGAUGAAAUUGGCAUUAUUAGAAUCACCGCCGUAAUAAGAGCUUAUCCCGCGACAACGGCGGUGACAUGGGGCAUCAAGAACGAUCGAUUUACCAACCCGUUUAAGCCAUUAACUGAUGAUUCCCGAUACUACGGUAACAGAACUAAUGACUGCUCUUAUGACUGUGAAAGUACGGAAGUUCUCAUCCUUAAUCCCCCGUCUUGCACUGACACAGGAAACAAAUAUUCAAUAUAUGCAGCAAACGAGAAAGGAAACUCAAGUGUAAAGACAACACUGAACAGAGUUACUAUCACAUGUAUUCCUCGUCGGGUGUAUUAUAGUUUCACACAUCUGAAAUGUGAAGGCGAGGAACUAGAUAUGACCGCUUCAUUUGUCUCAGUUCCCGGACCAUUUAUAACAUGGUACAAACAGCCAGACAUUAAAAAUUACGUCUAUUAUGAAGAUUUCCGAGGAAAUUGGAAUACCUCAUAUUACACAUCACGAUACCACGUUCAGAUUGUUACUUCUUCAACGUUCGGAACAUACAUGGUUGGAGCUGAGAAUAGCAAAGGUGUUUCAAACUUGAUGGUUCUUGUCCAAAUUAACAGGAAACCUAAUUGCACAGAGAUAAGUAGUAGUACUUCUACAACAAGUAGUACAACAAUUGCUUUAAGAAGUGACGCGUCUAACCUCAGACUAUCAUACAGGGGGAAAAUUGUGACAAGAAUUUUACUGUAUGUUGUUACAUGCAUGGUUUUAGUACAGGUAUGGUACUAGACAAUUCGGCACAAUCAGAGAACUUAGAAGGAACAAAUGAAGAAUAAUUGAUGCAUUUUGUAAAAAAUUUAGAAUGAUUUUUGUGAGUUUAAAAUUAAAUGUGUUUCGCUUUCAGAUUAAAAUUCAAUACACGUCACAAUCAUAGAUGAACAUUGAAUGAAAGUAAAGAAAUUACCAAAUGGUCAACGAGUACCUAUAAUAGUAAUAAAAAAAUUUCCCAUUCAUCACUUGAAUUUUUGAACUUGAGAAAUCAUAUUUUAAUUCGUAAAAGAUAUAAUUCUUAUAUUAAAAAAAAAUUUCAAAAGGCCCAAGCUUUUUAUAUUUUCCUACGCCUUUAAAUGAUGUCACAGCUUAAUUCUUAACUUCAUUGACUAGUUUAAAUACUUUUAAGUCAUACUUCACAAUUACAGAAUUUUAGUAAUAUUCAUCUCAGUUUCAUAGAUAUUAAUGCAAAUAUCGUCUUAAUCUAUAAUAAGUCACCUGACAUAACUUCUUCCUUAUGUGAAAUAGAAUAAUACCAUCUAUACUACUAUAUUAAAAAAAUAUAAUCGAAUUUUUUGGGCUUUGAUAGAGUGCUGUCUUUUGUCUUAUAUUUCUUAAACAUCAUUGAUACUUAAAGAUUACCAAUUUGUUUUUAUUUUUUCUCAGUCAAGCUUUGCUUAUU